AGGGGCGAUGGGCUGCGGGGCCUGCCAGUCAUGCAGAAUACCCUCCCCGGUAGCUGCGCCCUCUCUGGGCGGGGAUUGGUGCCUGGGCUUGUCUGUCAGGUACAGAGUCCAGACGAGCUCCCCCCCACCAAGGCGCUAUAGCAACCGGUGAUUGGUUGCUGGGAGUACCGGUCACGGGCAGCGGCUGACGGAGUUGGUCUCGCCCAAAGGAGCUGUCCCCCCUUGACACUGGGCUCUUCCAACCACUUCGCCGGCUUCCUGGGGUGCCUCGGGCACCGGCGUCUUCCACACAGGAGCGCUUCUUGCUCUUGGGCCCCGCAGGGUCACCCAGGCACGGCGCAUGGCCCCGCUUUGCCAUAUCCAUUUGGUCUUGCCCAUCGAUACUUUCGGUGCUCAGGCUGGUCGUCGAUUUCUGACGCCUGUUCCUGGUGCGCACGCGCACCGAGACUCGCGACUCGCUAGCUUCGGUUUUCCUGUAUCACUGCCAGUGUAACCAAGGAAACCCACCAAUGAUUCCGGCACUUGGCAGCGUGCCCGGGCUGCCAGGACACAUGCACCAAUCCACAAUUUCGGCGAUUGAUAUAUUUUAACUCAGACCACUAGGCUUGCGCAAUGACCACGUCGCAUCGAUACAUUCAGUGUUCAGCUGAUGAGCCUGUCCCCGCCAAGCGCAUGCGUGCUUGGUUUGCCCGUUCAUGGGCAAACGUGAUGCGUCGCCCAUACGAAAGUACGCAUACGUGCUCUUGUCCUCUCAUCGACGUUUUCCUCGCCCGAUUGGGAGCCGGCUCUGUGCUGCGCAUUCGGGCUGGGUCUCCCCCAGCUUUGGUUUAAGAAAGUGGCCGAUUUCAGACACGGCCAUGCAGCGCCCCGGAUGGGUGCAGUAGCGGGCCCAGAGUAAAGCGGGGAGUGGGGCCUCCAUACCCCUUCCCCCGAGUAUUGUCCCCCUCCCCAGAGGUUUGGGAUAGCGCUUUACCCCAGAACGCAUGCGCAGCGUGUCGUCCAUCUAUGUUUCCAAGCUCUUCCGCGCUGCCUGCUGUCACCUGUCACCCAUCGAUGCGCCUGGCGUUCGGCCUCGCCGCCUGCCCCCCGCCCCCCUCGGCGCGGCCCGGCCCGGCUACGGCGGCCCCUGCCCCGCGCCCCACGUGACCGGGGAGCCCCUCCGCCCCCCGCGGCGAUGGAGGCGCAGUGCGAGUACUUCAUGUACUUCCCGGCCGUGCCCUUCCCGGCCCGCGAGCUGCUGGCGGGGGAGCCGGGCCGCUACCGGGCGCUGCCCCGCCGCAACCACCUCUACCUGGGCGAGACCGUCCGCUUCCUGCUCGUGCUGCGCUGCCGCCCCGGGGCCGGGGCCGGGGCCGCUCCCCGGCCCCCCUGGGGCGAGCUGGCCGCCUCCCUGGCCGCCCUGGCCAGCGUCAGCCCCGGCGGGGGCGCGGCGGCGGGGGCCGAGGAGGAGGAGGAGGGGGGCGGGGAGCCCCCGGCCGAGGACGAAGGGGAGGCGCCUCCCGGGGUCUUCCGGGACUGCCGGGCGCUGCUCACCCACAGCCAGGGGCCGCCGGCCGGGCCGGGCGCGGGGAUGCCGGUCGAGGACCCCAUCGUCUGCACCGACGAGGUCAUCUUCCCACUGACCAUCUCCUUGGACAAGCUGCCCCCUGGCACCGUUAAGGCUAAGAUCGUGGUGACCGUGUGGAAACGAGACCGGGAGCAGCCCGAGGUGCGGGACUGUGGGUACCUGAGCCUGCUGCAGACACGGGCGCCUGCCCAGCUCUUCCGCCAGGAGCAGGGGGCCUUCAAGGCCCAGGUGAGCACCAUGCUGACCGUGCUGCCCCCGCCCGUGGUGAAGUGUCGGCAGCUCAGCGUCUCCGGGAAGUACCUCACCGUGCUCAAGGUACUGAACCGGUCAUCGCUGGAGGAGAUCUCGGUGCGAGAUGUGCGGAUUUUGCCCAACUUCAACGCCAGUUACUUGCCCGUGAUGCCCGAUGGCUCCGUGCUGCUCGUCGACAAUGUCUGCCACCACUCCGGGGAGGUGCCAGUUGGGGCCUUCUGCCGGGUGCCAGGGGCCGGCGCCGCCCCCCCCUGUGCACUGCGGGCCCUGGAGGAGCAGAGCUUCCUCUUCCAGCUGCACGCACCCCAGCAGCCCCCACCUGAUGCCAAAGAGGGGCUGGAGGUGCCGCUGGUGGCCGUGGUACAGUGGUCGACGCCAAAGCUACCUUUCACCAGCAGCAUCUACACGCACUACCGGUUGCCAAGCAUCCGGCUGGAGCGGCCGCGCUUCGUCAUGACAGCAGCGGUGGAGUCACCUGUGUUGCCUCGGCAACGCUUCACCGUCACCUACACACUGCUCAAUGACCUGCAGGACUUCCUGGCUGUGCGACUUGUCUGGACCCCUGAGGGCGCGGCCGCAGGUGUAGGGAAGGUGCCGCCCGGAUCGGCGCCCGGCCCAGGAUCAGGACCAGGGCGCCGGGCGGCGCAGGCCGCACUGGACUCGCUCGUCUGCCACACGCCGCUCGCCCGCCUCGGCCACUCACGCAAGGGCAGCGCUCUCACCGUGCGCGUCGCCUUCCAGGCCCUGCGCUCCGGCCUCUUCGAGCUGUCGCAGCACAUGAAGCUGAAGCUGCAGUUCACGGCCAGCGUCUCGCACCCGCCGCCUGAGGCCCGGCCUGUGUCGCGCAAGAGCAGCCCCAGCAGCCCAGCUGUGCGGGACCUGGUGGAGCGGCACCAGGCCGGGCUGGGCCGGUCCCAGUCCUUCUCCCACCAGCAGCCCUCCCGCACCCACCUCAUGAGGUCGGGCAGCGUCAUGGAGCGCCGCGCCAUCACGCCACCCGUGGGCUCGCCUGUGGGGCGCCCACUCUACUUGCCCCCCGACAAGGCCGUGCUGUCGCUGGACAAGAUCGCCAAGCGCGAGUGCAAGGUGCUGGUCGUCGAGCCGGUUACGUGAGGGCCGAACCCUGGCCCCCAACCCCGCGUGGGCGCACGGCCCAGGGCUGCAGGCCAGAAUUGGGCCCAAGCGCAGGCCCCCCGGCUGGGCCUGGGGGUCCCUGCCCCCCCGAUGGGGGAGGAAUCCCUGCCCCGCACCCCCUCCCCCCGGAUUGGGGGGUCCUGGCCCCCCCCCAAGAUCAGGGCCCCGUUGCUGUUUACACCCAUGUUGCCCAGCCCCCUCCCUACUGCCAAAGCUGCCACCCCCUUCCCAGAAGCCCCUGGGGCAGCUGCCCACCCCCACCCCCACUGCCAAGGGAGGGGGCUCCCAUCCCUGCCCCCCUUUCUCCCACCGCACUUUACAUCUGUCCCCCCGGGCCCUGCGCUAUUUAUUUAUUUGUUGGGAAUAAAGAGCGGAGAAGCGG